UGGAGACUCAGUUCACCUUGCAUAACAGAAUAGGUUUUAGUACGUAGAAAAGAAUGAACGUACUAGGCUACUUUUUACAUGUGAGAGUAAUAGAUCAUGUUUGUCGUUUUAAUUAAAAGUAAAAUGAUACAGAAAUACGAAAAUGUCAUUUAAAUGAAUUUGCCAGUGAAGCGAAGCGAAAAGUCUAAAUCCCUUUGGUAUAGUUCUCAACACAUUCUACAUUAAUUUAAACUCUGGAUUUUAAAGACAUUGAAAGCAGAGUGGAUUAUCCAAAACAAAAUUUAAAUCGUCAGUCAAUAAACGGUAUACAUGGAGGAUACAUGGGAAUAUGUCGGGUAGAAUGAAUUAUAUUAAACGAUUUAGACGAUAGAUAUCAUUGUAUGGAAUUAAAACAAUGGGAGUAUAUUAAAUGUCUUAAUAUUAUAUUCAAUCAAUUGGAACUAUUAAAUAAUAAAGAAGUGAUCAGAUCAGACGGGCUCACUAAAACAGUUAACGCUGGACCGACAUGAGGGCUCAACUUGAACCUGUAUAGAUAUGUGGAAAAAUCUGGAUUUAUUAAAAUAUUCGAAAAAUGUUGUCUUAUUAGCAACAGUUUGGCUUCAAUGCUUCGUUUUACUAGUCAGAGGUUGUGGACAAUACAUAGAACUUGGUAGUUCAUCUACCAGUAGUAUAUCGAUAUCAAACUCAUAUGCCCCUUAUUCCAACUGUAUAUGGGUUGUUGUAGCAGAUAGUGGAUAUCGUGUAGAACUCAACAUAUCGUCCUUUGUAGGUCAGGAGUUAAGUGGAAGUUGUGUAGACUAUAUAACGGUCAGGGACGGUAGUGAUAGCGCAGAUGAAGUAUUAGGUAAAACAUGCACAACGUUAACUAAUUCCAUAGUAACUUCCACUGCUCGGUGGAUGUGGGUUCAGUUUAAAAGUGAUGGCGAGAUAACAACUUCCGGUUUGACAGCAAAGCUUUCUACAGUAUACGCAGGUUCCGUCAUAAGUAAUUAUUCUUCACCUUUAGAAAGUUGUAAAAGUUUUCAAUAUGAAUGUGACAAUCGUAUAUGUUUAACGCGGGCCUAUUUAUGUGAUGGGUUUGAGGAUUGUGGGUGCAGUGAUUGUGACGAGUCUGCGUGCACUGGACUACCAUUUAGUCGAUCUGAGCUUAUGGGAAUGAGUAUCGGCAUAGGAUCAUUUCUUUCGAUUGGAAUUUUUGUCUUUUCUUGUAUGUAUGAAAGAUACAGGAAGCUAAAAGCAAUAAGGCAAGGACACUUAGAGAUGGAUCCACUUGCUGGAAAUUCAAAGAAAGCGAAAAUUGCUUGGCAUAAAUGAGGAAAAUUCUUUUUUAGUCAUAACAUUCGUAACAUUAAAAAGAAUGACUGUUCCCAUGUCACGAAUUUUAUAUUACUACUAGAGGUUGACUACAACAUUAAGGUUUAAUAAUGUGCAUCAAUGUUAGAAACAAGAAUGAUAGUACUGAUCCCAAAAUACGUCCAUGUCUUCCUAGGUGAUAUGAAUACAAACGAAUGUUGUUAUGUCAAUUAUAUAUCAUGAUCAAAAAGAAUGUAAUAUAUUGCUUUUAAGAGGUUUAAUGUUUUACGACUAAACUCAUUGGACGAUAUAACUCAUACACUGUUGAACUCAGUUGUUUAUAAGUUUCAUGGUUAAACUGCUAAGGUAUAAUAUGUUGUCUUUUGAAUUUUUUUUAUAUAUUAAAAUCCAUGCAAAAUGGUUUACUUUAUAAAGUGCUAAAUUUCAGCCUUACAUGAAAUCUUCGAAAGAGUGUGCAUCAUAUGUAAGAGGUUCCUUUGUCUAUUUUAUUUGAAAUAUACCCACAGCUAUGCCAAAUUGUUCAUCAUGAUUAGAAGUGAUACUUGCCUAUUUGCAAGUCUAUCUAUGUAGGAUAAAAAUUAACUGAGUUGCAUUACCCAUUCAAUUUUUCCUGUCAAUUCAGUUAUAAAAAUCGAGCUUGUCAAAAUGUAGCCCUUUGUGCUCGACGUGGCCGUUUAAAUCGACCGGAUUUUUUUUUACUUAAAUUAAUUAAAACGUGAAUUAAAUGUUAUAAUGAUAAAAGUUCAUUUCAUUGUUUAUUCAUAGACUGUCAUAAAGUUUAAUACAAUCUGAUUUGAUUGAAAACGCAUUUGUGACAUGUUGGAAAUCUGAUUCCUUAAUGGUUAUUGUUAAUUACUUUUAAUUAUUUUUUUUAAAAAGGUCAAAGUAAUCUGUUCUUUUUACUCAUUUAAGAUUCGAAUUGUUAAACAACUGUACAUUUUCUGCAUAUCUUUGCUUUAAUCUGUGAAAUAUCUAUG